GUGGAUGCCAUCAAGAUCAUACAGGACCAUUUGACUUACCGUGGCGAUGCCUCAGACUCCGUCUUCCAGGCGGCAACAACGCAUCUCCAGCAAGGGAUUGCAGCAACUUCGGCCUGCAACACGGUGUACCCCAUGGCCAUGGAUGCUUUCACCAUGAGCAGCAUGGGCUGCGGAAUGAUGCCUAUGGCGAUGCCGGGCUGCUUCGGUGCCAUGAUGCCUGGCCAGAUGUCUCCGAUGGCAGGAUGUGGUAUGAUGGGCUGCACCUGGGGAGGUGCCAUGCCAUGUGCGACAAACGGCACCACUGAAGAAGCUGGUGCAACGGCCCCGGCAGCAACUGCGGCCGCGCCAACAGCAACAGCUAUCGAAGACACGGGGGAUGCCCAAUCGGCCACUGAGGAAGGCACUGCAUUCACGCAGCCGACGGCGGAAGCGGUGGAUGCUGCGUCGGAGGGCGAG